AUGUUGAUCUCCUCACUGGUCGCUCGGAGCUCGCUGGUUAAUGCCCCACUAAGACUGUCAAGGUUUUUUACUCAAGCACGUAGAGUGUACAAAGAAGAAGAACCCACUGCCCCUCCAUCUCCCACAACUGAACAACCCGGACAGAAGUACACGCAUUUUGGUUCGAAGACUGUUCUGAAGUCUACUAAGCAGAAGUUGGUUGGAGAUGUUUUCUCCUCCGUGGCCAACCGGUACGAUUUGAUGAACGACGUUAUGUCGCUGGGUAUCCAUAGAUUAUGGAAAGAACAUUUCAUCAACAAAUUGGACGCGGGGAAAAGGCCUAACUCCACGACUCCCUUGAACUUCAUUGAUGUGGCUGGGGGGUCCGGUGACAUCGCCUUUGGACUAUUGGACCAUGCUGAGUCGAAAUUUGGGGAUAAUGAAUCUACAAUGGAUAUUGUAGAUAUUAACGCUGAUAUGCUCAAAGAAGGUGAGAAACGGGCUAUGGAGCAGGGUAAAUACUUCAAGGAUCCUCGUGUUAGAUUCUUGGUUUCUAACGGUGAAGUGCUGGAAGAAAUCGAAUCCGAUUCCAAGGAUAUUUACACUGUUUCCUUUGGUAUCAGAAACUUCACGGACAUCCAAAAGGGUUUGAACACCGCUUAUAGAGUCCUAAAACCCGGUGGUAUGUUUUAUUGUUUGGAAUUUUCCAAGAUCGAGAACCCGUUAAUGGAUCUUGCUUACCAACAGUGGGCGAAAGUCUUGCCUGUCAUGGGUUCAAUGAUUGCGAAUGAUUACGAUUCUUACCAGUAUUUAGUGGAAUCUAUCGAAAGAUUUCCUGACCAAGAAACUUUCAAAUCCAUGAUCGAGAAAGCAGGGUUUAAAUCGGCUGGUUACGAAAGCUUAACUUUUGGUGUGUGUGCUAUUCAUUGGGGUAUCAAAGUUUGA